UAAAUUAAUUAAUUAAUUUUUUUUUUUAUUACUUUCCCACCACUUGUCACGCAACUUCCUUCACACUCUCCUCAUUCCCCUCCCCUUAUAAACCCAUCACACCCUCCUCACUCUCUCACUCAUAAACCAUUCAACAAAAAAUCAACAGAUUCUUCUUCUUCUUCUCUCUCUGUUUCAGAGUUUCUCCGAUUCCUUUGGUCUCCGUUUAGAUUUGAAGAAGCGACACAGAUGGCUCUUGAAGCUCUCAACUCUCCGACCGCAGCCGGCCCUUCGUUCCACUUCGACGACGCCAACGUUCGCAGCCUGGACUCAUGGACAAAGCGCAAGCGUUCAAAGCGUCCCCGUUUUGAGAACGCUCCCACCGAGGAAGAGUACCUUGCUCUCUGCCUAAUCAUGCUAGCACGUGGUGGCGGAGCAACCACCUCCACCGCCACCGCUACCGAACAGCGCCACAACUCUCCUAUUCGUCAUAUGGCGACCCAGGCGGCGGUACCGGAGGCAGCCAAGCUUCUCUACAAGUGCUCUGUUUGCGACAAGGCCUUCUCCUCUUACCAGGCGCUCGGUGGACACAAGGCCAGCCACCGAAAGCACGCCGCCGCCGCCGGCGACGACCAGUCAACCUCCUCCACCACUUCCACCACCGCCACCGCCUCCCACAGCGGCAGUGGUAAGGUCCACGAGUGCUCCAUCUGCCACAAGUCCUUCCCUACAGGACAGGCCUUGGGCGGACACAAGCGUUGUCACUACGAAGGCGGCAGCGGCGGCGGGAGCAGCGUCGUAACAACCUCAGAAGGCGUAGGUUCCACCCACACCCAGACCCAGACCCACAGCCACAACAACAACCUCCUUCCCCAGCGGAACUUCGACCUGAACCUUCCUGCCUUGCCGGAGUUCUCGCCUAAAAUCUUCAUCUCCGGGGAAGACGAAGUCGAGAGCCCUCAUCCAGCGAAGAAGCCCCGCUUCGUGACGCCACCGAAGAUCGAAAUCUGUUAAGAUUAGUCAAAUUUGGGAAUUUUUCACUUAGACGACUUUCCGUUUGUUUGUUUUUUUUUUUUUUUGGUUUCGUAGUAUUGGGUGAGAGAAUUUUUUCUGUAUAUACUACUAGAAAUCUCUUUGAUUACUCAGCUCAGUUUGUGAUAUUGGUGAUUCAAUUAAUUAAAAUUUUUUUUUU